AUGAAUCGUGGACAAGCAGGACCCCGGAUACAUGUUCCAGACGAGUUGCGUGAAGUACUGCUCGAAUUUACUAUAAGUUACCUUCUAGAGCAGCCCGGAGACGUGAUUAAUUAUGCCUCAGAAUAUUUUACGAGAUUAAGAGAGGUCAGAACGACGGCUAUAAUUUUUGAUCAAGCAGGCGAUGCCUCACAAGAAGAACUUUUAUCUCCCGACGAGUCUGUCAUAUCCCGGGACGAAGAACCUUCCAUAACCCGCUUUUCCGGUCGACGCAAAUCGGUGUUCGCCGAAACGUACGAUCCCGAAGAAGAUGACGACGAGGACGGCAACAAAAUCGUCUAUCCGAAAUCGGACGAGCAACGCCAAAGACUGUCGUCCGCCGUCGGCAAUAUUUUGCUCUUCAGAUCGCUGGACAGCGAACAAAUGAACGAAGUAUUGGACGCCAUGUUCGAGAGGAUCGUCAAGAAGGACGAAUUGGUCAUACGGCAAGGAGACGACGGGGAUAAUUUUUACGUUAUUCAAAAUGGAACUUACCACGUUUUGGUCAGCACCGAUAACUCGCCGGAGCCGAAACACAUCCACACCUACGAAGACAGCGGCAGCUUCGGCGAAUUGGCGUUGCUGUACAACAUGCCGCGCGCGGCUACCGUAAAGGCCGUUUCGGAAGGCUCCCUCUGGGCGAUGGACAGACACACGUUUAGGCGUAUCGUUCUCAAAUCGGCGUUCAAAAAGAGGAAGAUGUACGAAACGUUGAUAGAGAGCGUACCGAUGCUCAAGACUUUGCAGCCGUACGAACGCAUGAAUCUUGCCGAUGCGCUUGUUCCCAGAGUGUUCAAAGACGGGGACAGAAUCAUAAAACAGGGCGACGCGGCGGACGGAAUGUAUUUCGUGGAGCAAGGCCAGAUCAUCAUCAGCGUUUUAGACGAUAGCGGCAAAGAGGUGGAGAUAAAUCGUAUCAUCAAGGGCGGCUACUUUGGCGAACUAGCUCUGGUUACACAUCGUCCGAGGGCGGCGUCGGCUUUUUGCGACGGAGACGUUAGAUGCGCAUUUUUGGACGUGGAAGCCUUCGAGAGGUUAUUAGGUCCGUGCAUGGAGAUCAUGAAGCGAAACAUCACCGAUUAUGAAGAACAAAUGCUCAAGAUAUUCGGCUCAAAGCACAACAUCCGGGAUAUCCGAUGA